ACUUUAAGAGGCAUGGAUAUUAAAAGGCGCAAUGGUGGCCCUCACCUGGGUGGUGCUUCUCAGGCCAAGCGCGGUAAAACAGCUGGGGAAUGGGAGGACAGUCCAUCACAAUUUGAAGAGGAGUUAUCGAUGUUUGAUGACUUUGAGAUGGAUGCAGAGGAGAUGGAGGGGCAGGCUGGACAUGAUGUCAUUCCCGUGGGUGACCUUUUCUCAGCAGACCUUAACCCUCGUUGGCGUCGACCUCACGCCCCUACACUGAACCCAUCAUCAGAUACUUUGAUCUUCCAGCAGAUUGAUCUGGACUAUUAUUUGGGAGCUUCGGUGGCUGGCAUGCCUGGACAGUCACAAGGAAAAGUACCAAUCAUCAGGAUGUUUGGUGUAACAGACAGUGGCAACAGUGUGUGUUGUCAUGUUCAUGGCUUUGCACCUUAUUUCUAUGUUCCUGCACCAAAUGGAUUCACGUCUAAUUACCUGGGUGAAUUUAAAAAAGAGUUAAACUCUGCUGUUCUGAAGGACAUGCGUUCAAAUAAGGACAACAUCUCUGUCACUGUACUGGCUGUAGACAUCACCCGCAAAGAGAGUAUGUACGGUUACCAUGGGCAACAGACUCUGGAUUUCUUAAGGAUAACCAUGGCGAUGCCUCGUCUCAUCGCUCCUGCAAAGCGACUGCUUGAACAAGGCUUUAAGUUCGGUCCGUUCUCCAUCCAAAGUUACCCAUCCUAUGAGGCCAACAUAGAUUUUGAAAUCAGGUUUAUGGUGGACAGCGAUGUAGUGGGAUGCUGUUGGAUUGAACUUCCUAAAGGAAAGUACAAAGUGCGUGAGGAGACGGGCGCAGGGGACACAGAUUCUCAGACCCCAGGGAAGGUUUCUUUGUCUCAGUAUGAAGUGGAUGUUGGAUGGACAGACCUGAUUAGCCACCCUGCAGAGGGCGACUGGCAGAGGAUCGCACCACUUCGAGUCCUCAGCUUUGACAUAGAGUGUGCAGGAAGAAAGGGAAUCUUUCCAGAACCAGAUAAAGACCCUGUGAUUCAGAUAGCAUCGAUGGUCCAGUGCCAGGGCGAGACUGAACCCUUCAUUCGCACAGUGUUCACCCUCCAGUCCUGCACCAGCAUCAUUGGCUCUCAGAUAUUAUGCUUUACUCAGGAGAAACAGCUACUUCAGAGCUGGGCAGAGUUUUUGAGGACGGUUGACCCGGACAUUAUUACUGGAUACAACAUCCAGAACUUUGAUUUUCCCUACUUGCUCAACAGGGCAGCUGCUUUAAAGGUGAAUUACUUUCCAUACUUGGGUCGAAUGCGGGACAUCAAGUCAGUUCUGCGAGAGUCCAGUUUCCAGAGUAAACAAAUGGGUCGCAGGGAGAACAAGACCAUCAACAUGGAGGGCAGAGUUCAGUUUGAUCUGCUGCAGGUCCUUCUAAGGGAUUACAAAUUGCGUUCCUACACACUGAACGCUGUAAGUUUCCAUUUUCUGCAAGAGCAGAAGGAGGAUGUGCAACAUUCCAUCAUUACUGACCUGCAGAAUGGAAACGAACAAACGCGGCGGCGAUUGGCCGUCUACUGCCUGAAAGAUGCCUACCUCCCGCUGCGGCUGCUGCAGAAACUAAUGUGUGUGAUCAACUACAUGGAGAUGGCCAGAGUGACCGGAGUGCCUCUCACCUACUUGCUCUCAAGAGGACAGCAGAUCAAAGUUGUCUCUCAGCUGCUGCGACAGGCGAUGAAACAGGACCUGGUCAUGCCUGUUGUAAAGACAGAGGGUGGAGAGGACUACACCGGCGCAACUGUUAUUGAACCAGAGAAAGGAUAUUACAGUGUUCCAAUCACCACGCUUGACUUCUCCUCACUGUAUCCGUCCAUCAUGAUGGCCCACAAUCUGUGCUACACCACGCUGCUGCAGAAGGGCUCUGCGGAGAAACUGGGACUGUCGUCAGACGACUUUAUCAGGACUCCGACCUCUGAUCAGUUUGUAAAGAGUUCUGUGAGAAAAGGACUCCUUCCAGAGAUUUUGGAGAAUCUGCUGGCUGCCCGAAAAAGGGCCAAAGCAGAGCUGAAGAAAGAAACGGACCCUUUCAAGAAGCAAGUACUGGACGGCCGACAGCUGGCCCUUAAAAUCAGUGCAAAUUCUGUCUACGGCUUCACCGGGGCCCAGGUGGGCAAACUGCCCUGCUUGGAGAUCUCACAGAGUGUCACCGGGUUUGGGAGACAGAUGAUCGAGCGAACCAAACAGUUGGUUGAGUCCAAGUACACAAUUUCCAAUGGCUAUCAAGCUGAUGCUAAAGUCAUUUAUGGAGACACAGACUCCGUCAUGGUCAAGCUUGGAGUUCCAACUGUGAGGGAGGCUAUGGCUACUGGGAAGGAAGCAGCUGAGUGGGUGUCAUCUCAUUUUACACCCCCCAUCAAGCUGGAGUUUGAGAAGGUGUAUUACCCGUACCUGCUGAUUAAUAAGAAGCGCUACGCAGGGCUGUAUUUCUCCUCAAGUGCAGACACCCACGACAAGAUGGACUGCAAAGGCAUCGAGACGGUCCGCAGAGACAACUGCCCUCUGGUGGCCAACCUUAUCAACACUUGUCUGCAGAAAGUCCUCAUCGACAGGGAUCCUCAGGGUGCAGUGGAUCAUGCCAAAGAAGUGAUCUCAGACCUGCUCUGCAAUCGCAUCGACAUCAGCCAGCUCGUGAUCACAAAGGAGCUGACACGCACAGCCCAGGAGUACGCUGGCAAGCAGGCACAUGUGGAGCUGGCUGAAAGGAUGAGAAAAAGAGACGCGGGUAGCGCCCCGAACCUGGGAGACAGAGUCCCGUACGUCAUUAUCAAGGCUGCAAAGGGAGCAGCAGCUUACAUGAAGUCAGAGGAUCCGAUCUACGUGCUGGAGAACAACAUUCCCAUCGACACCCAGUACUACCUGGAGCAGCAGCUGUCCAAACCCCUGCUGAGAAUAUUUGAGCCCAUCUUGGGGGAGAGCAAGGCGGAGAGCGUCCUGCUGAAGGGUGACCACACGCGCUGUAAAACCGUGCUGACCUCAAAGAUCGGAGGCCUCAUGGCGUUUGCCCAGAAGAGAAGCACCUGCAUCGGCUGCAAAGCUGUCCUCAAGACUGAUGCGGCUGUGUGUGAUUUCUGCAAGAGAAAGGAGUCGGAGCUGUAUCAGAAAGAGAUCUUUCAUCUGAAUACGUUGGAGGAGCGAUUCUCUCGUCUGUGGACUCAGUGUCAGCGCUGCCAGGGCUCCCUCCACGAGGAUGUGCUCUGCACCAGUCGUGACUGUCCCAUCUUCUACAUGAGGAAGAAGGUUCAGAAAGAUCUGGAUGACCAGAGCAAGCUGGUGUCUCGUUUUGGAUGGUGAGAUGGGCGCACU